UCAUGAAAAAAGCCAGGAAAUUUCAGUUUUGACAACAUGGGACCUUUAAAAGCAAGGGUUACAGAGACAGAUCUUAAAGUUCCUUUUUUUCUGACAGGUGUUAUGAUGUGUCCAAAGUGGACCACAGAGGAUGGCUUUGAGACACAGCUGGCUGUCAAUCACUUGGGACACUUUCUUCUGACCAAUCUACUGUUAGGAAUGCUAAAGAGAUCCCACCCCAGCCGCGUAGUUAAUUUGUCCAGUAUUGCACAUGUUGGUGGAAAGAUUGAAUUUGAUGACCUGUUCUUUGACAAAAGGCCUUACAGUCCUUUGCUCAGCUAUAAACAGAGUAAGCUGGCCAAUGUACUUUUCUCUAGAGAGCUUGCACGAAGAAUGAAAGGUACAGGAGUUUCCUCGUACUGCCUGCAUCCAGGAGUGAUUCGAACAGAGCUGAUUAGGCAUAUUCUGGUACGGUUCCCAGUGCUGAAGAUUAUACUGUCUCUGCCCUGUAUUCUGCUGAUGAAAACUCCCUGGCAGGGUGCACAGACCUCUAUCUACUGCGCUGUCACUGAGGGCUUAGAGAGCAAGUCUGGCUGCUACUUCAGUGAUUGUGCUGAAAAAGACCCUGCACCAGAAGGAAAAGAUGAUGAAGUGGCAAGAAGGUUGUGGGAGGAAAGUGCUCGGCUGGUUGGACUAAACAUCCGCCACUGAUACGUCAUACUCGUAGACUGUAUAAUAACAUGGACGUAGUGUCCGUGACAUCACCCGUAGGAUUCCGAAGAGCGGUUGUGAAGCCUAAAGUGGGCGGAGCCGGCCGUCGCUGAAACCACGCCCACCUAGCUC